GUUCGUCCUCGAUAUCCUCAAGCCACGCCGCCAUUACUUACAUCAACUCGCUGGAAAUAUGGCGGACAAACUGCCAGAUCCCACCAUGCCUCAAGGCGCUGCAGACCGACAACCUGUGGAUGAUAAUAUGUCGCUACGUAAUAUACUCAAAUCGAUGAAGAAGGAUCCAGACGGAAAUGGCAUAAAUGCAUUAGGCUACGAUGGUGUGCUUCGUAGUUUUAACCUGGAACGGAAUGUUGUUGAUGCAGUUGGCCUUAACCCAACCCAGAUCAGAGAAUAUUAUAAAGGUCUGCCUAUGCCUGAUAGAUUUCUCACCGCCGAUGGCCGUAAUAUAUCCCGCAGGGAUAUGUUCUCCCCUGAUGCAGAGAAUAUUCCCAAGAAGUUUACAGCGGAGGAUAUAGCCAAAAUUGAGGCACAUAACGAGGAGUUAGAAAGGCGCGGAGUCACAUGCUGUGUUCUAGACAAAUCAACAGACGACGGUAAACCGAAUCCUAGAUAGUUCCUUUUACUUUUAGUUCCUGUAGAAUGUUAAUUAUUUUAUCUCUUAUCACGCUCUUUCC